AUGCCUACAGUGGCAUCUUACAUGCUCGCAUGCGACAGACCGCCUUCUCGUCUGCAAGGUGUCAGCGUCACCGUCAGCAGCAAGUUUACCAGGAUGCUGAAACGCCACCAUGAGUGUCAACAACUGAUGAUAUGUAUCGUGAUAUCUGAGGUAAGGAGCAUGCCAUUUCAAAGUCUUCAAGCCUACAUAAUUACCACAGAGGUUUACUAUGACUCACGAAUGCACAUGGAUGUGGUGUGGGCUAGCCAGCCAAAUCCAAGACAGAGUGAGCUCUUGGGUCUUUGGGAUGCAAAAGACGGUCACUUUCGGUUUUCGAAGUCAACUGGCAGAAAAGCUAAACAGUCGUUCCUCAAUUACAUUUCUCCUCGUCCCGGUAUAUACAUGUCAGCCGGACCAACAACAACAUUGGCUUUGGGCUCUUUGCGCCAUGCUGCUUGGUUCGACAUGUUGAAGGGGUGA